AAGAAAGUAUAUCUCACGUUUCCCGCAAUGAACAUGUGGAGAAAAUAGUUCAAGAAUGUGUCUUGUGAGGGAGACGUAAAGUCACCAGAUCUACCUGGAGCUAGAUCGCGUAAAAGAGACAGAAACGAUUUUCGUUAAGGUGACGUCAUCGAAAUUCUUCCGUGAUUGGUUGCCGUCAUGUGGGAAGCCGUGAGCGACUUCCCCGUAGAACAAAUAAGUAUAGUGGUACUGCUGUCAUUGUUCUUGUCGUAUUUUACCUGGUGCGUUGUUAGGUUCGUUUUAUAUGAGCUUCGUAGAACUACACUGUGGCGCGAUGUUUCUUUGCGCGUCAUGACUGCACAUGGACAGUCCGAUUCUUAUUACUAUGAGCCAAAAGACGACGAUAAGUUAUUUUCCUGGCAUCAUCACGAAGAUUGUGAUGACGAGUUUAUUCAUUCAGCUGUCGAAUUAGGGAAACAUGCUGAAGAAGACCUAACACCCGAAGAACGCCAGCUUAUUCUAUUAUAUGCUAAGAACAAUAAUACUGCGGAUGUGCCGUGCCUGCCGGACUUUGACUGUGGAAUCUCAAGAUGUCUGGAUACUAUAGAGGAGGAGAGCUUGGAUGACCUACACAGUCUAAGUGAUGGGGGCUCCUUGGAAUGGGGAUCGUGGGAGAGUCAGAGUACGGGGUCUGGUGACGACUGUGUUACUGUGGUGGAGGUGCCUCUAGCUGGACGACGGAAACAAGAGAUCUCUACAAGUUCUGUUUUAGAGACAGAAUCAGUGACUGUGCUUGAACCUGAGUUUGAAGUCAAUGAUACACGUAGAUCUGGAGAGAAUUUUGAGCAUAGCAUUGGGAUUCACGAUCUUGGUGAAUUGAUGAUAAAUGACGCAGCCAGUUCUCAAGUGAAUGUGUCUGAUUAUGAAGAGAAAUUAAGUAUUGUGGGUAACGAAUGUGUGACACAUAAUUUGUCACGAAAUGAAGUAGAGAAUGCUAAUACGUGUGGAGAUAGAGAAGUAUGUGAGGGUGAUCUGGAUAAACUACAAGAUGCAACUCGGUUCAAAAAACAAGAAGCUAGUAUUGAGUCUUCAAAGAAAGUGCUUCAGUCUGCUACACAAACUCUGGAUGCUUCUCAAACUGAUCAGUUACUUAAUGGCGGAGAUAAAGAUAGAGACUGGUUCGCAUUGGAGGCUGAGAAAACAACCGAUUGUUAUCCUGAUGGAAUCGACACAUCCAAGCAGCCUGAUGUUUUUUCGUUAUCAAACAGCUACAGCAGGUGCAAGGAAGAGUCUUUAAACAAUUGGCAGUCACAAACAACAUGUGGCUGGGGCCUGGAACAUUACUCUAUAGCAGGGGAGGAAAGAACAGAUUUCAACAACCUAUCUACUUUACCAAAUCCCUCCACGAUACGUCAUAAAAAUACAUGUUUGCCAUGUAUGUCAAAAAAUCAAACGACAUUGUGUCAGAACAACGUAAUUUCAUUACAAUUAACAGAAACAUCGUCCGAACUUUCACAAAAUAAUCAAACACAGUCUGCUAGGAGCUCGCCAGCUUCUUCUAAUUUAAAUGUGUUUAACGAAAAAUAUGAAGGAAAUGUGUGCACGAGAAACGACGAAUUCACACCAUAUAGAGAUAGUGUCGAUAGUGCAAGACGUCUAGAUGAAAAGAGCGAUUAUGAAAAAAACUCAAAUAACGUAAUUAGAUCUACUCAAUUUAAAACUAACCUGUGCUUGAAGGAUUUCGAUGAAAACGUUUUGGUGCAAAAUUAUAGCCCCAUUUUACCUCGGACGAACGGUGAACUUUGCUCAGUGAUAGAAACGUGCCCAAAGUCCGAGAAAUCGACCCAUUCAGAGGACGGCCACACUGAGGUAGCUGCAACGUGGGAAGAUAAUCGUGUUAAAACACCAAACAAUGGUUUUUCGUCAAGACAUGAUAAACAUUACUCCUAUAAAGGGUCAACACUUCACGACCAGAACAUUUCAAAAGAAUACAGCGCACGGCUGGCUGCGCUCACGAACAACGACCUCAGGGUAGGGACAUUAGCCCAGCUGAUGUGUGGCAAGCAGCACACUAGCGACAUGGAUCCGGCAUCAAAUCCAUCAGAUCAGGUCAGCAAACAAAAUGAUUUUAUUUUAGAUACAGAUCGAAAUAAAAAUCAUGAACGAAAUACCACAAAUCAAGAAACACAGUACCUCUCAGACUUAGUAAAUGCACAAAGUUUUGCUUCUACUUUAAAAUCCACUAAAGAAAUCGGAACUAAACAUGUUCCUCUGAAACACGACCAUAAGGACUUCCCGCCUGGCCGGAAGACAGGUGAUACAGACGGCUUUCAAACGGAGGACGUCGGAUGGAAAAAAAACCGGAAGUAUGCGAUACUUUCUGCUGGUGAAAAAACAGACAAUUGUAACACACAUGACAGCAGCGAAUCGAGUUGUAUAAGCAAAAAUCACCAAAAAGUGCAUAAAAAUGAACAUUAUUUGGCAACAGAAGUUAAACAAAAACAAAACUUCAAGAAAUAUGAGCCAAAUACUUUUUGGCCGCAAAAAAUCGUGAAUUCUGAUGAAUUGAUAUCCAUCAAUUGUUGCAAGAAUAGCAAGGGGACUUUAAGUUCAGUGCAGAAAGAACUAAGAGGGGAAAUACAUCAGAAAAGUAGUUGUCAUGACGAUAAAUCAAACAACACCAACUGCGUCUUAUUGACCGACACUGAAGAACAUGCGCUAAGAACUGUCUACGUGUGCAAUAAAACCAGCACGACUGGACAGGAAGGAAAUGUUGAACAAGACGCAUCAUCACCAAUAACAGAGCUUCAUCCUAAUAAUGUCGAUCUGUCAGAACAAGUGCAUUCUCUGACCUGUUUAACUCUAGAAACUAUUAACGGAACAGAGAUUAUGCAACAAAAACCAGAUCAUCUUAAUUUAGUACCAGAAGUGAGUGUAUUAAAGGAUACAUUAAGUGUAACAAAAUGUGAAGAAAAUAAGAAAAAUAUUACUGAAGAUGAGAAUAAAUCUACCUAUUUGAAGGAAAAUGAAAGGUGUAUUUUGACUGAAAACGUUCACCUAGUCUCUUCUGAUCAAGCAGUUGUCGAUCUUAUUGUGACAGAGCGUUAUCCCGAGCUUCGUUGUAAAGACAAAGACAGUUCUUCAGAAAAUAAUGAGAAACCAGAUUCUAGUUCAGGUAUCACGAAUACCCAAAACGCAUUCCAGGAAGAAGGUCUAGAGUCAUCGAAUAUGAAUUUGACAUUAAAAAACGAUUUCAAGCAUAGUGACCUAUCAUUAAAUAGUGAAUUUAAUGUGAAUUGGGACCAAGACUUAAUCACUAAAACUGACAGGAUCACAGGGUUUAAAACCCCUAAUGUAGGUAACAGAAAGAAACGCAUACAGAAUCUUAUAGAGAGAGACAGUGAACGAAAAGCCCGGAUGUGCCAGUUAUCUUCGCAGGAAACGACAGCUAAACAACUUUCCUUUCCUGCAUAUAAUUGUCAAACUAAAACGGACUUUGAUGAAUCUUCAAGUAACAGAAAAGAAAGUAUCUUAAACAAUAUGAAUAUUAUUGGAACUUCUGAAUCAUUUUUAUUUCUGCCUACUGAUAAGAUCAGUGAAAUAAUUGAAACCAAACCAAAAUUUGGUGAUGUAUUGGUGGCUCCAUCUACUGAUAAUUUCCAAAACAAUAUCUUUCCACAAGAAGAAAAACAGGAAUGUACAUCUACAACAAUGCUUGGUGAACGUCAAUCUCCUGAAGGUUCAGCUUCAGUCCCUGAACAAGAAGAACCUGUAAGGCUUGUCAGACAAAACUUGAGAGAAAAUAUUGUUCCUGUCAGCUUUUUGGAUAUUGUUUAUAACUCUGCUGCUAUUUUAAAUGAUAAGAAAAACAAAGAUAAACAGCUAAGUGAACACAGUAUUUUAUCUAGCAAAACAGACAAUCCUACUGAAAAUAAGUAUCAUUAUACGAACAAGCAACUAGAAAAAAAAGAUGAAAAGUUGAAUUGCCAAACUUAUCAGUAUAUGUCCGAUCAAAAAGACAUUAGAGAGACUGCAGUGACAUCUGUCGACGAUAUAUGCUAUUAUAAUAGUUUCCCAAAAUACACCAAUCAGUGCAACUCCGUCUAUAAUGGAACGCAACGAUGUGAUUUGAAAAAAUCAGAAACAGGUGGCGUUAGAAACAUGACAGGGAAAUAUUUCAAUUUGAUUUCAGAAGCAAAACAACCACUAAAUUCUACAUACCAACUCGAGAAGGAAAAUUAUAAACUCAACAGCAGUUUUGACAAUAACAUCAUAACCUCAAUAAAUGACAAAGGUUUCCAGGGUUUAAUGGAAAACAGGAUCCAUUCUAAAAAAUAUUCGCUGGUAACAUCUAACGCCUUAACUGGUACUACCACGAAAAUAUCAGAAAAGAAACAAAAUGUUCUAUCGACACGUGGUAAUACCAAGGGAAAUGUUGCUAACUCUUGUCUUACGUAUGAUUACGCCACCUACUAUACCGCCACAGCUAAACCUGAAGCAAAUAUUUCAAAGACAGAAGUGGGAGGGUCAACCCCUAAUAUUUCUACAGUUGUUUUACCAGUAACCACUGUGCCAGCUAGAGAAUUUGACAACUACCGGUCCGAAACUUCUAGCCUCCGGCGGGAACUAGCAGUAGAUAAAGACAUAUUAGUCCGACGUCGCUGGACACGCAGUUCUCCAGACCUCCGACAGAUUGGCAAUGCUACCCAGUGUUUUGGUUCAGCUCCAAUCUCCGCCUUACUGUCCAGGCCGGUAAGUGAGCGAAUUCAGGGUUAUCUGGAACAACAGACAAAAUCUAAAGGAUUUGUUGUAUCUCCUGGCGAAAAACUCAGCCGUCUGAGACGACAGUGCAAUAGCAACGAAAGUGUAAAAGAGAAAGCUGCUAGGUUCGAGGCUAAGAAAGUUCUACCAGGCGAGUGCCAGGUGUCGUGUGCACUUAAACCGUCACGUAGAGAAGUAGAAACUAACGGCCUAGUGAAUAAGGCAAAGAUACAGAAGUCCACUGUUCUGCACAGACCAGGUACGAAAAUGUUAACUCAACAUAAAUAUCGCAUUUUUUCCGCUCUGGAUAGAAAGGAGUCACAAACCUCAAGUUCAGAAGAAAUUUCAAUGAACGAAACAGAAGUUUCACAAAUUCCUGCAGGAGCCGAGUCAGAUUCCUUAGCCAUAUUCACCUGUCGAGAUUAUUCACUAUCUAGACUGAUUGACGAGCCAGCUUAUACUAACAGCGACGACAUUCAAAAUGUCGGAUGUUCCGCGCCAGGAGUGACGUCAGAACAUGACGUUAACAACAUGGAAUUAUUGGACAACAAAAAUAACCGUAAAGAAAAAUAUACUUAUACAGCUUCAAACGCAAAUUGCAACGAGUUAAAUAAUCAAAGAGCGGACGUGAGUGGUGACAAUGAACAUGUAAGUGUUACUCAUUUGACUAAUAUUAAUAAAGCCAAAACACGCGAAACUAACCUGACUGUUUCAGAAGUGGAAGAGGUCAAAAAUACAAAAGAAAUAUCGGAGCUAAGUGGUUUUAAUACCCUUUCGCCAACUAAAGCUUAUCAGUCAUCAAAGUUAAGCCUUUCAGUUAUUAACAGUGUGACGUCAUCGGAGAUCAGAGAAGACACACUCAAACGAGAUCUUGAUUAUACAAAAGCAUCUGUUAAACAAACCGAGAAUAACAAAAACCUCACAUGUACCCAAGAAAGGAGUUUUGCGUCAACUCAACUACACAGAGGAGUUAAGAGUCGGAUACUUAAUGCCAGGAAGCAGUUUUUUAAUGAAGUGAAAAAUUCAGACACAAAUAAUUUUGAUAAAGGAAAGGUUGGCGCUCUAGAAAAACUAGAGAGUUUCCGGCGUAGGAUACACGCAGAAAGGACAAAGCUUUUAGUUAGUACUCCUGACUUGGCUGUUUCAGUGGAGGCUGCUGUAAAAAGAUGCCGAAGGAAUGAGAAUGGUCUACGUACCAGUGGAGAACAGGAAAAUGAGGAAUAUGGCAGAAUGUCUUCUCAAGUAAAGCCUUACCCAAGCUGUAAUGAGGACAUUGUUUGGCCUUCGUGUGUGAAAACAGCUGAUCGGGAAAUAUCUGUACGAGAGAGAAGCAAAAGUCUAGGAUAUCUUGAGACAAACGUGGACACUCUAGAGUCCCGUGAGGUAUUGGAAACGGAUAUUGAUAAUAUCAACAAGCUCCCACAGCAAGAUAGUUUACUUUCUCGUACACGAAGCAUGGCAAUCUUGAGGGAAAAUAGCCUAGCUCGGCAACCUUCAACAAUAUUAGACACUUCACGUGCACGAAGUAUGGAUUAUUUGUUGGACGAGGAGAAUCGUCAGGCCAUCUUACCUCCCGAAAACACCUUAUGCUCUUCAAAAACCAAGUCUGAACAUGAACUAAUUAUAGAGCGAUCACUAAGCAAACUUAAUCUUCCUGAUUGGUGCAAAGGGACGGCCAAGGAAGGGUUCAUUCUCAAACGUGGGGAGAGGCGACGCCCCACAUGGCAGAGAUUAAGUUCCAGGACUCCUUCUUCUACCAGUUUAACGUCUAGUAGCAUGUCAGGCAGAAAUGUAGUAAUUCCUAAAAAAGUUACUCUUCCAAACUGGCGAUACGUAGAAUCACUGAAAUUGUCCCAAGAAAGUCUGGCUGUGACCACUUUAGGAUCAAUUUCUCCUCAAGAACAUCAUUCUUUGUCCCGAUGGAGCAGUUCACGCCUUUCGACCAAUAGUGCUCCUCCACAUAGCACUUGGACAGGAUAUCACUCUAUCAAGAAGCCCUACUUAGGAUGGAGGGCAACCAUGAUGAUCCCAACAAGCAGUGGGAGCGUUUCGCCCAUGCUGGAGAGCCAUCCCGAUUCUCCUGGGCGAAGCUCAGUUGAUACCGCCUUUGCUUCAGCAAGUCACAGUGACUGUGACCUGGCUGUGAAGCACGAUAGGGGUCUUUUGAAUAAUGGCAGAGAGAGUUCAGUUGAAUCUUCGUCUUCCUCUCAUCUCUACUCCAGCGAUAUGCAGAGAAGAUGGAAUUCUGCUUGUCCAAGUGUCUUGCAGUCUGAUGUACAAGAGAACUUGACUGUUCACAGACCUCGCAAAAAUGUUUCUCCGCAGAAUUACCGUACGUUUGAAAGUUACUCUGAUAAUGAGGCAGAUACAGAAUCUAUAAUUUCACAUAUUGAUAAACCCCACUCUACAUUCCAGAGUACUUCUAACACAGCUUUAAAUUCCUCUAAAAAGUCAACUCAUUCUCAAUAUCCAAGGGACAGUAACGAAAAACAUUCUGUGUCAAGGAGCUUUAACAGGGACACACCAGAUUGUGUGAGAGCAGGAAAACAUGACAGAUCAUCUGGAGUAGCCGAAGAUCUCAGUAAAAAGUCGUUUUUAGGGAUCGAUGGGUAUGAAGAUGUAAUAUAUAAAAAUGACGUUAGUAAAGGUCGAUGUUCACAUCUUCAGAGCGUGUAUAGCAGUGUUCCUAAGAAUUCUGAAAACCAGUUGACUACGGACAUCAACAAUAAAAUAACAACAUCCAAGUUAACCCCAAGAGACAAAGAACCUAGAAUGAGCAAUGGCCAACAGGUCAUUUGGAUGGAAUCGUCCUUCGUUGGUCGACGGCCCACUACAUCGAUGGUUGUACUACCGUCCACGAAUAGUACCAAUACUGAAGAUGGUGAGACCAGUAAGCAGCAGCCAAUCGUAGACAACAGCUAUCCGAAUCACGAAUCCAAUGAAGAACAUAAUUUUGAUGGUGCCAGUGUUACACUUGAUGAUGUUGUGGACUGUCUUCUUGCCAUACCAUCUGCUUCUCAACGACCUAGUCCUUCUGGCUAUUACAGGAGAAUUAAUGGUGUACCAAGUCCGUCUACACUUUCCAGCAAUCUAAACUCGCAAGCCAUUGAGAGAGAAUCGAGCGAAUCUCAUUUAUUAACUAGAGUUUUUGCUGGAACACGUCCCUCAGUAAAAAUCGCAGCGAAUUAUUAUUUACAAACUUCUCCAUUUUUAAACCGUAACUACGCAGAGCCAGAGUGCUCUUUAGCACAGUCCAUUUCAACGUCUAUCAAGCCAGACGACGCGUGUAUUGACACAAGCUUAAAACUAUGGAAAUCUAGUUGUCAAGAAUUAGUUGACCAUACUACAGACAUUGAGAACUUACACAACAAAGGCCUGAGUUCUGCAGAUUUAGUUGACCAGUAUCAAAGUAUUGAAGAUCCCAACAAAGAAUCGACGAAUCUCAGUAAAAAUGACGAUUCAAAAAAUGUAGACCUCCUUACUCUUCCUGACGAGCUCUCUAACACCAACUCCAAUGGGGACCUCAAAGCUUGGAAUGACGUUUUUGGUCCAACAAGAAUGCCAGUAAAAAACGACACUCGUAAACUCCGAUCUUCUUUAGAUUGUCAGCCAAAUGUUUCGAGUGCAUCUACUAAGGAAGCUAGCAUCAUAUUUCCUCCAUCAAACAAUGGGCUAAUCACAGGAAAAAUCAAAUGCAGUCGAAUGAAGUGCAACAAUGCGCUUCUCAGUGAAGAAGCACUCGUCAAAUUUCGAAUGUGUUCCAACUGUGAAAUUUUAUAUUGCGGACGACAGUGUCGCAGAAUUGACUGGGAAAUCCAUAAAAGUGUUUGUCCUUAUAACCGUGUCGUUAAUCUAUGUCAACAAGUUUUGUUCAAUGUUCGUCGAGACAACAUUGCAAGGCGCCACGUAUCGGUAUGCGCUAGAAAAGGGUUUCACGCCCUUGGUCGAGGAGCCGUGAAACUAAUAUUUUCUAACCCAGAUGACGCCUUAGAAUUUAUUUACAAGGGAUGGGAUAAGUUUAAAGGCCAAAUCUUCUAUAUCCCUCUUAAGGAACUAGUCAAUCAAGAAAUGGAUACAGAAACAUGUCGCAGAAUGCGUUAUUUGUGCCAUCGAUACCAACCAGAGACAAAACUUAUCCUUUUAUGCACCAUUUCUGUGAAUAAAUAUUCAGGAACAGCAGGAAAUAAAAACCAAGUACUGAUACGAGGACUGAAGAUGCGUUUGACCCCUCCAUUCCCAGAGGAUGACAUCCACACUGUUUUGCUCUCUGUGUCCAAGGAACCCGACUCUGAUCUUGAAGAACGUGAUCGGGGCUUUUAUGCAAUACAGCGCCAUCUAAUGGACAGAGGCAUUUGUUUAGAAAUUCAGUUUCCGGAUGUAUUUGCCAAGAUAAAGAAUUUUGUUCAAGGAGGCAACCCUUUUGUGCCAUUCAGCAUCUUUCUAAAUGAUAGUAAAGAGGAAAAAAUGAUUUUCUGUAUUCUUCUCCCCUGUGUCGAUGGCGAUAUUAUCCAUAAUGUCUCCAGUAAAAUCAGAGCUCAUCGUCCUCGAAGUCGAUGUUUCAUGUGAUGGGCUAAUCGAGGGUCAAGAGAAAACUUGAAGAAGUCAGAGGUAUUCUCUCAGAAUGAUUUAAUAGUAGGCUUGGCAAAUCUAGUCAAUCAAUAGUUUAACGGUUUGUAUCUUGGUUUAUUGGUACUACUUGUUUGUGUUUGCAGUUAGUAACUAAAUGAAUAAACUGUGGUGUGCACAAUGUUAACAACACCAACUUUCAGUUUGAAGCUAUGUAAAUGUUGUACAGCAAAUUUUUACGUUGGAAUGUCCUGGAUGUAGUGUUAAUCAUAAUACCAAAAACAAACUAUCCCAAACUUAAAGUUCUUAAUCUUCGUUAUUUUUUUUAAUGUUAAUAAGAAGUAAAUUUAUAUACAGUCAAAGAUAAUUAAUAUCCUGGAAGUUAUUAGUCUGAGAAGGUUUAACGUGUCUUCCAUAAAGUUUUGAGUUCUAUGAUUUUAUAGUAAUAAUUGUGUAUUGACUCCAUUGUACUAGAAUAAAUGUUCCACAUUUAACAUAAUCCUGAACACACUCAGUGGCCAUGUUAAGUGCGAAAAAACCACAACAAUUCUAUGUUAUUAUAAGCUGUACAGAAAACUAUAAUAAGAAAUAAAAUUAAGUACUAGCGUUUCCAGAAUUAAUGAUAAAUUGAGAUUACUUGUGUUAUAUUACUAAUUUCAAGUGUUAUGUUGUAUAUAUAAUAUAAAGAUAGAUUUAUCGUAAAAGUGAAAACAACGAGAUUUAAGAAAAUUCAAACCUCAGACUUCUCUCAGGCAUGAUACCGACAAUAAAUGUUUUCAUUCUCCAGAAAUCUAAUAAAUUUAGAUUAUUAUUAUGAUACUCUAAUAUCUAGUCAGAUGUGUCUAACGUAAAUAUUCUGUUUUAUAUAAAUAGAAGGAAAAUCAAGACGAACUGGAAAAAAAAAAAGAGAUUUUUCCUGAAAAAGUAGAAGGAAUUUUUUCGAAGUUUAUCAUUAAUUGAUAUUAACGUCCGAUCAGAACAAGACAUUUAUUUAAAGCAAAUUAAAAAUAUCAAUAUGGCAUCAGUAUAGUUAAUAAAAUAUACUUUUCGCGUUUAUAGUUAGAAAGAUCAGAGUACUUUGUUUCAUCAUGGCGGCUACUGAUAAGGGAUUUCCCUCGUAAUAAUUGUAGCUGUGUAUUACUGUAGUGUCUAAAAUGUCAGUAUAAUACAACUAUGCUUAGGAAAUGACUGGAUAAUGAGUCUAGCUGGCAAACAGGAUUAUACGAAACCACUUUUAUCCAACAAAAGAAACAAAAUUAUAUGUUUAAUAGAAAAUGGUUUUGACAUUUUGCUGUCUUGGUAAAAUAGACUCCAACCACCUCGUUAUUUGUUUAAUGAAAUAUUUCUUCUUUUUUCUCUAUUUUUCAUAUAAACCGAGAACGUUUCUCUUAUAUACGUCUAUAUUAAGUAGUAGUGUUUCUUUUCUCAAUUUUAUUAAUUAGUUUCAUUUCCGUAGUCUCUUCUCAAUCACGAAGAGUUUUAUUAGAAUAUAAUAAUCAUCGUGGACUGUUUGAAACAAAAUUAUUUCAUAAGGAGUAGACUAGUGAUAGUGAGUAGCUUAUCACAUCUUCAUUCAACAAAUUCUGAUUUCUGGUUGGUAUUUCUGUUAUAAAAAUUCACAACUUGAUAAUGAUUACGCUAAGGUGUUAUUUUCAGUGAGUUACAGCACGCGUUCAUAGUUUUUAAUCAGCUAGCUAACAUCGCUUUGGUUAUUUGAAACCAAUAGAAUAUUAGGUUAAAAAACAAAAACUAACUGUAAGCCAAUAAUGAAAAUCAGCCAGGAAAGAAGCCAUAUUUAAGCAGUUAUUUCAUAAACACACACGCUGCACAGUUGUAAAGGUUCUUUUCACAAACAUGUAUUAAAAUUAAAAUUAACGAAAAAAUGUGUAUGAUGCACGAGAAAACCUGUUUAUUUUAAUAAGUUUUUUUGCGUAUUACUAUGGAAAUAAUCUCACACACUGUUUUCUGUUUCUUAUAAACGUACCAAGUUUUCAGUUGAUCUCAGUAAAUGAGCAUGUUUCUAUGCUAAAAUCAUGUGUAACAUCUUCCAACAAACUGUAUGUUGUGUAAUGAUUCUAAGACGUUUGCUGUUAAAGUUAUAUAUAUAUAUACA